ACCCCCCUGUCCGUCCGUCUGUCCGUCCGUGGAGCUGUUAAACCUGAUGAUGGAGAACUUUACGGCUGUCGGAGCAUCGACCACAGAGACCGAAGGUAUCCAUCUGAACUGCAGCAUGUCUGGGAGGCACAACUUCAUCUUCACCCUGAUCCCGGUAGUGUACGGCUGUAAUUUUGUCAUCGGCAUGGUGGGGAACAGCAUGGUGGUGGCGGUCAUCUACCGUUACAUGAAGCUGAAGACAGUGGCCAACGUGUUCGUCCUCAACCUAGCCAUCUCAGACCUUACCUUCCUGAUCACCCUGCCCAUGUGGGCCACCUUCACAGCCACAGGCUACCAGUGGCCCUUCGGUGGGUUCCUGUGUAAGGCCAGCGCUGGCCUGGUUAUGUUCAACCUCUACAGCUCCAUCUUCUUCCUCACCGCGCUCAGCAUCGACCGCUACCUGGCCAUCGUCUACCCGGUGAGGUCGCGGCAGCGCCGUACUGUGCUCUACGCCCGUAUCACCUGCGUCCUGGUUUGGCUCUUCGCCCUCCUGCUGUCCGUCCCCACGGCCCUGACCAGAGACCUGAUGCACAUCACCAACUACAACAUCACCACGUGUGGCGUGCUGCAUCCCGAGGGCUCCAGGCACCUCCUCCUCAUCAUCAGCCUGAUGAAGAGCAUCCUGGGGUUCCUGGUUCCCUUCCUCAUUAUCAUAUCAUGCUACUGCCUGAUUGGUCAAGCCCUGGUCAGGGCAAGGAGCAUCCAGAAGACCACCCGGUCGAGAGACGAUGAGGUGUUGAGGAUGCUGGCGGCGGCUGUCCUGGCCUUCUUCCUGUGUUGGAUGCCUCACCAGGUAUUCCACUUCAUGGAGCUCCUGGCCCAGCUAAAGGUUAUAACUAACUGUGUGAUGGUGGACGUCAUCGACACGGCCAUGCCCUUCACCAUCUGCAUCGCAUUUCUCAACAGCUGUGUCAACCCCAUCCUCUACGGCUUCGUGGGACAGAACUUCAGGAAGAACCUGGUCCUCCUGCUCCGCUGUUCCCCCGCUGGCCUGGCUGGGACACAUCCCUCCAUCAUCUCUAAGAUGUCCACCCUGUCCUACCGCCCCUCUGAGGCCCUGCACCUCACCAACAAGAACAAUGUCUGAUGUGAGGAGGGAAGGAGUGUGUAAGCUGUGUAAUUCCUUGGCUCUUCUGGUUGUGUCAAGUGAGGAGUAUGAAGGAAUACACAUUGUGGAUGCCUCCCAAAUGGCCCCCUAGUCCCUAUAUAGUGUCCGUUGGGCCCUGGUCAAAAGUAGUGCACUAUAUCGGGAAUAGGGUGCAAUUUGGUACACAUCCCCAACUGUUAUACCAAGCACUGAACCGUGGUUAGAAGUUGUACCGUAGAACUGUAGAGAAAUACAGGUAGAACAUGGCUAUUAAAAUACUGAGGGAA